ACUGAAUCUGAAUUAACAACAGUACUGUUUUCUCGAUGUAAUGACAAUUGUUACAGAAAUGCUGAAGGUGUAUUUCUGGUGCAACAAACACUGGUGGUGGUUUUCGUACCACAUUGGUGGUCUUUACAUUACAUUACCUUUACCUUACAUUCACGUGAAACAAAUGGUAUUACGGGUAGAAACAGUGCACGCGAUUUUCUAGCCGGACUUAUUUUUAUGUAGGAACACUGGUGGUGUCGCAAAAUAUGUUUGGUGUCGCAAACACGACGAUGUUGUAAACAUACUUGGUCGGCGAGCUCAGAUUGUACUUGCAAAGCAUCUAUCAGACAUUUCAUACAGUCUCGAUUCCGUAGAAGUGCAGUCAAAUCGAAUAGAUGUCUGAUGCUCAAGAAGUUACAAAGCCAGACGAGGAGGCCCAAUCUCCGGUACCCGAGGACCAGUCGGACGAUAGCGACGAGGGUGAGGCAUCGGGAGACACAGAGAUGGAUUUCCUGCGCAGCCUAUUCUCUCGGACUCUCGGCUUGGGCCCUGGAGAAAAGGUUUUGGAUGAGUUGACGCUCGACGGUGUAGCCAGAUACAUUCAGAGUGGCGCAUGCAAGAAUAUCAUCUGUAUGGUCGGUGCUGGAAUAUCAACAUCGGCAGGAAUCCCAGACUUUCGCUCUCCCGUGUCGGGUCUCUAUGCCAACCUUCAGAAGUACAAUCUACCUUACCCAGAGGCCAUUUUUCAGAUUGAUUACUUCAAGAAACAUCCGGAGGCCUUCUUCGCCUUAGCCAGGCAGCUCUACCCUGGACAAUUCAAGCCCACAGUAUGCCACUACUUCAUCAGGAUGCUGAAGGAGAAGGAGCUGCUUCGUCGCUGCUACUCCCAGAACAUUGACACUCUGGAGCGAGUGGCUGGCCUCGGGGAUGCUGACCUGGUAGAAGCUCAUGGAACUUUCUACACCUCACACUGUCUCAGCUUCCUCUGUCGCAAGGAGUACACCCUGGAAUGGAUGAAAGAGAAGAUUUUCUCUGAUGAGAUCCCCAAGUGUGACAAGUGCAGUGGACUGGUCAAGCCAGACAUUGUUUUCUUUGGUGAGAAUCUGCCAGGACGAUUCUUCACUUCCAUGACAACGGACUUUCCUCGAUGUGACCUGCUCAUCAUUAUGGGCACAUCUCUACAGGUGCAGCCCUUUGCUUCCUUGGUUGGCAGAGUUCCUAAGAGUACUCCCAGGCUCCUCAUCAACAUGGAGAAGACGGGAGAGUCUGACUUCAUGAGUGGGAAUGCUUGGGUUUGGGUGGAGGGCUGGAUUUUGAGUCAGACAAAGCCGUACAGGUAA